AUGCCACCAUACCAAUUCCCCCCAUCCCCCCUCCCUCCCCUUUUCCAGGCCCUCUGUGACACGCUCUCAGCGCUGCACACGGCCCGUCUCCCCGCCCACCUGCCUGCCUGCGUGUGCUCUCAAGAUUCAGCUCGCCCUUUCUUCCUCCCUCUCCCUCCCCGUCCCCUCCCCACCCACCAGGCUCUCUUUGAUGCGCUCUCAGCGCUACAAACGGCCCGCGUUGGACCAUUUCUCUCGCCUGCUAUCCCACCUUGCCUUCAUCUGCCAUCCGCCUCGCCUCCCGAUCUGCUGACACUCUUGCGCUUCCUCCCCUCCUCUCCCCGUGCCGCUUCCCCUCCCCCUUUCCAGGCGCUGGAGCAUUUCUCGCGCCUGCUGACCCACCUCGCAUUCAUCUGCCACCUGCCAUCCACCUCACCUCCCGAUCUUUUGGAGCUCUCUCGCUUUCUCGCCCACUUCCGCGCCCUCAACCCCGGCCCCGUCGCCCGCGCUGCCCUGCAGGUAGGUGUUAUGGCUGGUGGCACUGGUGGUGCUGCCGGUGCUGGCACUACCCAUGUGCAGUGCAACUCGCCCACUUCCGCGCCCUCGACCCGGGCCCAGUCGCCCGCGCUGCCCUGCAGGUGUGCUUCGGCUGCACGUGAGCAGGUGUGUUUGUUGGCAGGCACUGCAGGUGGGUUGGCUGUGUGUGUGCUGGCUAGGUAUGCUGGUGUGCAGAUGGUGGGAGAGGCGUGCAUCCCAGCACUCUCUCUGCUUUGCAGAGUUGCUGCUUCUUUGAGGCGGUCUCAUUCUCGCUGCACUCUCCGACUCUCUGCAGACCCCACAGACGCCGUCAUUCACUCGCUGCACCUUCCAACUCUCCCAUCCCGUCCCCUGGUGUCCCCUCCCCGCUCCUCCCCUUCCCUCUCCUCCUCCUUCCCCCACCAGCUGUCGCUCCUCUGUGAUGGUCUCAUUCUCGGCCACGACCCCACAGGCCUGCUGCUGCUGCGAGACGGCCUCAUUCUCGGCCACGACCCCACAGACGUAAUCAUGCAUUCGCUGCACCUACCGCCUGCCCUGCUGCCCCCGGCUGGAGCUGCUGCAGACAGUGGUGGGGACGCGGGAGGUAGUGGUGGCGGUGGUGGGGAUGCGAACUCCAGUGCAGCUUUAGGGAAGUUUGUCAAGAAGGCAUCACAUGCCGUGCAGGCGGUGCUGAAAGCGCAGUGCAGCAACAGCGCACGGGAGAGGCGAAUGCUGGCCAAGCUGCUGCCCGACUGGAGCCACCUCCUCACUCUGGCGGGCGAUGUGGACGCGUGUGAUGCCGUGGAGCGCUACACCACCGCCUCCUUCGCCCAGAGGUGCAUGUUCGAGAGGUGCAUGUUCGAGAGGUGCAUGUUCGAGAGGUGCAUGUUCGAGAGGUGCAUGUUCGAGAGGUGCAUGUUCGAGAGGUGCAUGUUCGAGAGGUGCAUGUUCGAGAGGUGCAUGUUCGAGAGGUGCAUGUUCGAGAGGUGCAUGUUCGAGAGGUGCAUGUUCGAGAGGUGCAUGUUCGAGAGGUGCAUGUUCGAGAGGUGCAUGUUCGAGAGGUGCAUGUUCGAGAGGUGCAUGUUCGAGAGGUGCAUGUUCGAGAGGUGCAUGUUCGAGAGGUGCAUGUUCGAGAGGUGCAUGUUCGAGAGGUGCAUGUUCGAGAGGUGCAUGUUCGAGAGGUGCAUGUUCGAGAGGUGCAUGUUCGAGAGGUGCAUGUUCGAGAGGUGCAUGUUCGAGAGGUGCAUGUUCGAGAGGUGCAUGUUCGAGAGGUGCAUGUUCGAGAGGUGCAUGUUCGAGAGGUGCAUGUUCGAGAGGUGCAUGUUCGAGAGGUGCAUGUUCGAGAGGUGCAUGUUCGAGAGGUGCAUGUUCGAGAGGUGCAUGUUCGAGAGGUGCAUGUUCGAGAGGUGCAUGUUCGAGAGGUGCAUGUUCGAGAGGUGCAUGUUCGAGAGGUGCAUGUUCGAGAGGUGCAUGUUCGAGAGGUGCAUGUUCGAGAGGUGCAUGUUCGAGAGGUGCAUGUUCGAGAGGUGCAUGUUCGAGAGGUGCAUGUUCGAGAGGUGCAUGUUCGAGAGGUGCAUGUUCGAGAGGUGCAUGUUCGAGAGGUGCAUGUUCGAGAGGUGCAUGUUCGAGAGGGGCAUGUUCGAGAGGUGCAUGUUCGAGAGGUGCAUGUUCGAGAGGUGCAUGUUCGAGAGGUGCAUGUUCGAGAGGUGCAUGUUCGAGAGGUGCAUGUUCGAGAGGUGCAUGUUCGAGAGGUGCAUGUUCGAGAGGUGCAUGUUCGAGAGGGUGCAUGUUCGAGAGGUGCAUGUUCGAGAGGUGCAUGUUCGAGAGGGCAUGUUCGAGAGGUGCAUGUUCGAGAGGUGCAUGUUCGAGAGGUGCAUGUUCGAGAGGUGCAUGUUCGAGAGGUGCAUGUUCGAGAGGUGCACUGUUCGAGAGGGCAUGUUCGAGAGGUGCAUGUUCGAGAGGUGCAUGUUCGAGAGGUGCAUGUUCGAGAGGUGCAUGUUCGAGAGGUGCAUGUUCGAGAGGUGCAUGUUCGAGAGGUGCAUGUUCGAGAGGUGCAUGUUCGAGAGGUGCAUGUUCGAGAGGUGCAUGUUCGAGAGGUGCAUGUUCGAGAGGUGCAUGUUCGAGAGGUGCAUGUUCGAGAGGUGCAUGUUCGAGAGGUGCAUGUUCGAGAGGUGCAUGUUCGAGAGGUGCAUGUUCGAGAGGUGCAUGUUCGAGAGGUGCAUGUUCGAGAGGUGCAUGUUCGAGAGGUGCCUGUUCGAGAGGUGCAUGUUCGAGAGGUGCAUGUUCGAGAGGUGCAUGUUUCGAGAGGUGCAUGUUCGAGAGGUGCAUGUUCGAGAGGUGCAUGUCGAGAGGUGCAUGUCCGAGAGGUGCAUGUUCGAGAGGUGCAUGUUCGAGAGGUGCAUGUUCGAGAGGUGCAUGUUCGAGAGGUGCAUGUUCGAGAGGUGCAUGUUCGAGAGGUGCAUGUUCGAGAGGUGCAUGUUCGAGAGGUGCAUGUUCGAGAGGUGCAUGUUCGAGAGGUGCAUGUUCGAGAGGUGCAUGUUCGAGAGGUGCAUGUUCGAGAGGUGCAUGUUCGAGAGGUGCAUGUUCGAGAGGUGCAUGUUCGAGAGGUGCAUGUUCGAGAGGUGCAUGUUCGAGAGGUGCAUGUUCGAGAGGUGCAUGUUCGAGAGGUGCAUGUUCGAGAGGUGCAUGUUCGAGAGGUGCAUGUUCGAGAGGUGCAUGUUCGAGAGGUGCAUGUUCGAGAGGUGCAUGUUCGAGAGGUGCCAUGUUCGAGAGGUGCAUGUUCGAGAGGUGCAUGUCGAGAGGUGCAUGUUCGAGAGGUGCAUGUUCGAUGAGGUGCACAUGUUCGAGAGGUGCAUGUUCGAGAGGUGCAUGUUCGAGAGGUGCAUGUUCGAGAGGUGCAUGUCGAGAGGUGCAUGUUCGAGAGGUGCAUGUUCGAGAGGUGCAUGUUCGAGAGGUGCAUGUUCGAGAGGUGCAUGUUCGAGAGGUGCAUGUUCGAGAGGUGCAUGUUCGAGAGGUGCAUGUUCGAGAGGUGCAUGUUCGAGAGGUGCAUGUUCGAGAGGUGCAUGUUCGAGAGGUGCAUGUUCGAGAGGUGCAUGUUCGAGAGGUGCAUGUUCGAGAGGUGCAUGUUCGAGAGGUGCAUGUUCGAGAGGUGCAUGUUCGAGAGGUGCAUGUUUCGAGAGGUGCAUGUUCGAGAGGUGCAUGUUCGAGAGGUGCAUGUUCGAGAGGUGCAUGUUCGAGAGGUGCAUGUUCGAGAGGUGCAUGUUCGAGAGGUGCAUGUUCGAGAGGUGCAUGUUCGAGAGGUGCAUGUUCGAGAGGUGCAUGUUCGAGAGGUGCAUGUUCGAGAGGUGCAUGUUCGAGAGGUGCAUGUUCGAGAGGUGCAUGUUCGAGAGGUGCAUGUUCGAGAGGUGCAUGUUCGAGAGGUGCAUGUUCGAGAGGCAUGUCGAGAGGGCAUGUUCGAGAGGUGCAUGUUCGAGAGGUGCAUGUUCGAGAGGUGCAUGUUCGAGAGGUGCAUGUUCGAGAGGUGCAUGUUCGAGAGGUGCAUGUUCGAGAGGUGCAUGUUCGAGAGGUGCAUGUUCGAGAGGUGCAUGUUCGAGAGGUGCAUGUUCGAGAGGUGCAUGUUCGAAGAGGUGCAUGUUCGAGAGGUGCAUGUUCGAGAGGUGCAUGUUCGAGAGGUGCAUGUUCGAGAGGUGCAUGUUCGAGAGGUGCAUGUUCGAGAGGUGCAUGUUCGAGAGGUGCAUGUUCGAGAGGUGCAUGUUCGAGAGGUGCAUGUUCGAGAGGUGCAUGUUCGAGAGGUGCAUGUUCGAGAGGUGCAUGUUCGAGAGGUGCAUGUUCGAGAGGUGCAUGUUCGAGAGGUGCAUGUUCGAGAGGUGCAUGUUCGAGAGGUGCAUGUUCGAGAGGUGCAUGUUCGAGAGGUGCAUGUUCGAGAGGUGCAUGUUCGAGAGGUGCAUGUUCGAGAGGUGCAUGUUCGAGAGGUGCAUGUUCGAGAGGUGCAUGUUCGAGAGGUGCAUGUUCGAGAGGUGCAUGUUCGAGAGGUGCAUGUUCGAGAGGUGCAUGUUCGAGAUGGUGCAUGUUCGAGAGGUGCAUGUUCGAGAGGUGCAUGUUCGAGAGGUGCAUGUUCGAGAGGUGCAUGUUCGAGAGGUGCAUGUUCGAGAGGUGCAUGUUCGAGAGGUGCAUGUUCGAGAGGUGCAUGUUCGAGAGGUGCAUGUUCGAGAGGUGCAUGUUCGAGAGGUGCAUGUUCGAGAGGUGCAUGUUCGAGAGGUGCAUGUUCGAGAGGUGCAUGUUCGAGAGGUGCAUGUUCGAGAGGUGCAUGUUCGAGAGGUGCAUGUUCGAGAGGUGCAUGUUCGAGAGGUGCAUGUUCGAGAGGUGCAUGUUCGAGAGGUGCAUGUUCGAGAGGUGCAUGUUCGAGAGGUGCAUGUUCGAGAGGUGCAUGUUCGAGAGGGCAUGUUCGAGAGGUGCAUGUUCGAGAGUGCAUGUUCGAGCGUGCAUGUUCGAGAGAGGUGCAUGUUCGAGAGGUGCAUGUUCGAGAGGUGCAUGUUCGAGAGGUGCAGUUUCGAGAUGUGCAUGUUCGAGAGGUGCAUGUUCGAGAGGUGCAUGUUCGAGAGGUGCAUGUUCGAGAGGUGCAUGUUCGAGAGGUGCAUGUUCGAGAGGUGCAUGUUCGAGAGGUGCAUGUUCGAGAGGUGCAUGUUCGAGAGGUGCCAUGUUCGAGAGGUGCAUGUUCGAGAGGUGCAUGUUCGAGAUGGCUUGUUCGAGAGGUGCAUGUUCGAGAGGUGCAUGUUCGAGAGGUGCAUGUUCGAGAGGUGCAUGUCGAGAGGUGCAUGUCGAGAGGUGCAUGUUCGAGAGAGGUGCAUGUUCGAUGAGGUGCAUGUUCGAGAGGUGCAUGUUCGAGAGGUGCAUGUUCGAGAGGUGCAUGUUCGAGAGGUGCAAUGUUCGAGAGGUGCAUGUUCGAGAGGUGGCAUGUUCGAGAGGUGCAUGUUCGAGAGGUGCAUGUUCGAGAGGUGCAUGUUCGAGAGGUGCAUGGUUCGAGAGGUGCAUGUUCGAGAGGUGCAUGUUCGAGAGGUGCAUGUUCGAGAGGUUGGCAUGAUUCGAGAGGUGCAUGUUCGAGAGGUGCAUGUUCGAGAGGUGCAUGUUCGAGAGGUGCAUGUUCGAGAGGUGCAUGUUCGAGAGGUGCAUGUUCGAGAGGUGCAUGUUCGAGAGGUGCAUCGUUCGAGAGGUGCAUGUUCGAGAGGUGCUGUUCGAGAGGUGCAUGUUCGAGAGGUGCAUGUUCGAGAGGGCAUGUUCGAGAGGUGCAUGUUCGAGAGGUGCAUGUUCGAGAGGUGCAUGUUCGAGAGGUGCAUGUUCGAGAGGUGCAUGUUCGAGAGGUGCAUGUCGAGAGAGGUGCAUGUUCGAGAGGUGCAUGUUCGAGAGGUGCAUGUUCGAGAGGUGCAUGUUCGAGAGGUGCAUGUUCGAGAGGUGCAUGUUCGAGAGGUGCAUGUUCGAGAGGUGCAUGUUCGAGAGGUGCAUGUUCGAGAGGUGCAUGUUCGAGAGGUGCAUGUUCGAGAGGUGCAUGUUCGAGAGGUGCAUGUUCGAGAGGUGCAUGUUCGAGAGGUGCAUGUUCGAGAGGUGCAUGUUCGAGAGGUGCAUGUUCGAGAGGUGCAUGUUCGAGAGGUGCAUGUUCGAGAGGUGCAUGUUCGAGAGGUGCAUGUUCGAGAGGUGCAUGUUCGAGAGGUGCAUGUUCGAGAGGUGCAUGUUCGAGAGGUGCAUGUUCGAGAGGUGCAUGUUCGAGAGGUGCAUGUUCGAGAGGUGCAUGUUCGAGAGGUGCAUGUUCGAGAGGUGCAUGUUCGAGAGGUGCAUGUUCGAGAGGUGCAUGUUCGAGAGGUGCAUGUUCGAGUAGGUGCAUGUUCGAGAGGUGCAUGUUCGAGAGGUGCAUGUUCGAGAGGUGCAUGUUCGAGAGGUGCAUGUUCGAGAGGUGCAUGUUCGAGAGGUGCAUGUUCGAGAGGUGCAUGUUCGAGAGGUGCAUGUUCGAGAGGUGCAUGUUCGAGAGGUGCAUGUUCGAGAGGUGCAUGUUCGAGAGGUGCAUGUUCGAGAGGUGCAUGUCGAGAGGUGCAUGUUCGAGAGGUGCAUGUUCGAGAGGUGCAUGUUCGAGAGGUGCAUGUUCGAGAGGUGCAUGUUCGAGAGGUGCAUGUUCGAGAGGUGCAUGUUCGAGAGGUGCAUGUUCGAGAGGUGCAUGUUCGAGAGGUGCAUGUUCGAGAGGUGCAUGUUCGAGAGGUGCAUGUUCGAGAGGUGCAUGUUCGAGAGGUGCAUGUUCGAGAGGUGCAUGUUCGAGAGGUGCAUGUUCGAGAGGUGCAUGUUCGAGAGAGGUGCAUGUUCGAGAGGGUGCAAUGUUCGAGAGGUGCAUGUUCGAGAGGUGCAUGUUCGAGAGGUGCAUGUUCGAGAGGUGCAUGUUCGAGAGGUGCAUGUUCGAGAGGUGCAUGUUCGAGAGGUGGCAUGUUCGAGAGGUGCAUGUUCGAGAGGUGCAUGUUCGAGAGGUGCAUGUUCGAGAGGUGCAUGUUCGAGAGGUGCAUGUUCGAGAGGUGCAUGUUCGAGAGGUGCAUGUUCGAGAGGUGCAUGUUCGAGAGGUGCAUGUUCGAGAGGUGCAUGUUCGAGAGGUGCAUGUUCGAGAGGUGCAUGUUCGAGAGGUGCAUGUUCGAGAGGUGCAUGUUUCGAGAGAGGUGCAUGUUCGAGAGGUGCAUGUUCGAGAGGUGCAUGUUCGAGAGGUGCAUGUUCGAGAGGUGCAUGUUCGAGAGGUGCAUGUUCGAGAGGUGCAUGUUCGAGAGGUGCAUGUUCGAGAGGUGCAUGUUCGAGAGGUGCAUGUUCGAGAGGUGCAUGUUCGAGAGGUGCAUGUUCGAGAGGUGCAUGUUCGAGAGGUGCAUGUUCGAGAGGUGCAUGUUCGAGAGGUGCAUGUUCGAGAGGUGCAUGUUCGAGAGGUGCAUGUUCGAGAGGUGCAUGUUCGAGAGGUGCAUGUUCGAGAGGUGCAUGUUCGAGAGGUGCAUGUUCGAGAGGUGCAUAGUUCGAGAGGUGCAUGUUCGAGAGGUGCAUGUUCGAGAGGACGGUGCAUGUUCGAGAGUGUGCAUGUUCGAGAGGUGCAUGUUCGAGAGGUGCAUGUUCGAGAGGUGCACUGUUCGAGAGGUUGCAUGUUCGAGAGCGUGCAUGUUUCGAGAGGUGCAUGUUCGAGAGGUGCAUUUUUCGAGAGGUGCAUGUUCGAGAGGUGCAUGUUCGAGAGGUCUGCAUGUUCGAGGAGGUGUCAUGUUCGAAGAGGGUGCAGUUCGAGAUGUGCAUGUUCGAGAGGUGCAUGUUCGAGAGGGUGCAUUGUUCGAGAGGUGCAUGUUCGAGAGGUUGCAUGUUCGAGAGGUGCAUGUUUCGAGAGGUGCAUGUCGAGAGGUGCAUGUUCGGAGAGGUCGCAUGUUCGAGAGGUUGCAUGUUCGAGAGGUGCAUGUCUCGAGAGGUGCAUUGUUCGAGAGGUGCAUGUUCGAGAGGUGCAUGUUCGAGAGGUGCAUGUUCGAGAGGUGCAUGUUCGAGAGGUGCAUGUUCGAGAGGUGCAUGUUCGAGAGGUGCAUGUUCGAGAGGUGCAUGUUCGAGAGGUGCAUGUUCGAGAGGUGCAUGUUCGAGAGGUGCAUGUUCGAGAGGUGCAUGUUCGAGAGGUGCAUGUUCGAGAGGUGCAUGUUCGAGAGGUGCAUGUUCGAGAGGUGCAUGUUCGAGAGGUGCAUGUUCGAGAGGUGCAUGUUCGAGAGGUGCAUGUUCGAGAGGUGCAUGUUCGAGAGGUGCAUGUUCGAGAGGUGCAUGUUCGAGAGGUGCAUGUUCGAGAGGUGCAUGUUCGAGAGGUGCAUGUUCGAGAGGUGCAUGUUCGAGAGGUGCAUGUUCGAGAGGUGCAUGUUCGAGAGGUGCAUGUUCGAGAGGUGCAUGUUCGAGAGGUGCAUGUUCGAGAGGUGCAUGUUCGAGAGGUGCAUGUUCGAGAGGUGCAUGUUCGAGAGGUGCAUGUUCGAGAGGUGCAUGUUCGAGAGGUGCAUGUUCGAGAGGUGCAUGUUCGAGAGGUGCAUGUUCGAGAGGUGCAUGUCGAGAGGGGCAUGUUCGAGGAGGUGCAUGUUCGAGAGGUGCAUGUUCGAGAGGUGCAUGUUCGAGAGGUGCAUGUUCGAGAGGUGCAUGUUCGAGGAGGUGCAUGUUCGAGAGGUGGCAUGUUCGAGAGAGGUGCAUGUUCGAGAGGUGCAUGUUCGAGAGGUGCAUGUUCGGAGAGGUGCAUGUUCGAGAGGUGCAUGUUCGAGAGGUGCAUGUUCGAGAGGUGCAUGUUCGAGAGGUGCCAUGUUCGAGAGGUGCAUGUUCGAGAGGUGCAUGUUCGAGAGGUGCAUGUUCGAGAGGUGCAUGUUCGAGAGGUGCAUGUUCGAGAGGUGCAUGUUCGAGAGGUGCAUGUUCGAGAGGUGCAUGUUCGAGAGGUGCAUGUUCGAGAGGUGCAUGUUCGAGAGGUGCAUGUUCGAGAGGUGCAUGUUCGAGAGGUGCAUGUUCGAGAGGUGCAUGUUCGAGAGGUGCAUGUUCGAGAGGUGCAUGUUCGAGAGGUGCAUGUUCGAGAGGUGCAUGUUCGAGAGGUGCAUGUUCGAGAGGUGCAUGUUCGAGAGGUGCAUGUUCGAGAGGUGCAUGUUCGAGAGGUGCAUGUUCGAGAGGUGCAUGUUCGAGAGGUGCAUGUUCGAGAGGUGCAUGUUCGAGAGGUGCAUGUUCGAGAGGUGCAUGUUCGAGAGGUGCAUGUUCGAGAGGUGCAUGUUCGAGAGGUGCAUGUUCGAGAGGUGCAUGUUCGAGAGGUGCAUGUUCGAGAGGUGCAUGUUCGAGAGGUGCAUGUUCGAGAGGUGCAUGUUCGAGAGGUGCAUGUUCGAGAGGUGCAUGUUCGAGAGGUGCAUGUUCGAGAGGUGCAUGUUCGAGAGGUGCAUGUUCGAGAGGUGCAUGUUCGAGAGGUGCAUGUUCGAGAGGUGCAUGUUCGAGAGGUGCAUGUUCGAGAGGUGCAUGUUCGAGAGGUGCAUGUUCGAGAGGUGCAUGUUCGAGAGGUGCAUGUUCGAGAGGUGCAUGUUCGAGAGGUGCAUGUUCGAGAGGUGCAUGUUCGAGAGGUGCAUGUUCGAGAGGUGCAUGUUCGAGAGGUGCAUGUUCGAGAGGUGCAUGUUCGAGAGGUGCAUGUUCGAGAGGUGCAUGUUCGAGAGGUGCAUGUUCGAGAGGUGCAUGUUCGAGAGGUGCAUGUUCGAGAGGUGCAUGUUCGAGAGGUGCAUGUUCGAGAGGUGCAUGUUCGAGAGGUGCAUGUUCGAGAGGUGCAUGUUCGAGAGGUGCAUGUUCGAGAGGUGCAUGUUCGAGAGGUGCAUGUUCGAGAGGUGCAUGUUCGAGAGGUGCAUGUUCGAGAGGUGCAUGUUCGAGAGGUGCAUGUUCGAGAGGUGCAUGUUCGAGAGGUGCAUGUUCGAGAGGUGCAUGUUCGAGAGGUGCAUGUUCGAGAGGUGCAUGUUCGAGAGGUGCAUGUUCGAGAGGUGCAUGUUCGAGAGGUGCAUGUUCGAGAGGUGCAUGUUCGAGAGUUUCGAGGAGGUGCAGUUCGAGAGGUGCAUGGUUCGAGAGGUGCAUGUUCGAGAGGUGCAUGUUCGGAGGUGCAUGUUCGAGAGGUGGCAUGUUCGAGAGGUGCAUGUUCGAGAGGUGCUAUGUUCGAGAGGUGCAUGUUCGAGAGGUGCAUGUCGAGAGGUGCUGUUCGAGAGGUGCAUGUUCGAGAGGUGCAUGUUCGAGAGGUGCAUGUUCGAGAGGUGCAUGUUGAGAGGGCAUGUUGCGAGAGGUGCAUGUUCGCGCCAGGUGCAGGUUCGAGAGUGCAUGUUCGAGAGGUGCAUGUUCGAGAGGUGCAUGUUCGAGAGGUUGCAUCGUUCGAGAGGUGCAUUGUUAGGAGUGCAUGUUCGAGAGGUGCAUGUUCGAGAUGUGCAUGUUCGAGAGGUGCACGUUCGAGAGGUGCAUGUUCGAGAGGUGCCUGUUCGAGAGGUGCAUGUUCGAGAGGUGCAUGUUCGAGAGGUGCAUGUUCGAGAGGUGCAUGUUUCGAGAGGUGCAUGUUCGAGAGGUGCAUGUUCGAGAGGUGCAUGUUCGAGAGGUUGCAUGUUCGAGAGUGUGCAUGUUCGAGAGGUGCAUGUUCGAGAGGUGCAUGUUCGAGAGGUGCAUGUUCGAGAGGUGCAUGUUCGAGAGGUGCAUGUUCGAGAGGUGCAUGUUCGAGAGGUGCAUGUUCGAGAGGUGCAUGUUCGAGAGGCUGCGCAUGUUCGAGAGUUCGAGAGGUGCAUGUUGAGAGGUGCAUGUUCGAGAGGUGGCAUUGUUCGAGAGGUGCAUGUUCGAGAGGGUGCAUGUUUCGAGAGGUGCAUGUUCGAGAGGUGCAUGUUCGAGAGGUGCAUGUUCGAGAGGGUUCGAGGCAUGUUCGAGAGGUGCAUGUCGAGAGGUUCAUGUUCGAGAGGUGCAUGUUCGAGAGGUGCAUGUUCGAGAGGUGCAUGUUCGAGAGGUGAGAGGUGCAUGUUCGAGAGGUGCAUGUUCGAGAGGUGCAUGUUCGAGAGGUGCAUGUUCGAGAGGUGCAUGUUCGAGAGGUGCAUGUUCGAGAGGUGCAUGUUCAGAGAGGUGCAUGUUCGAGAGGUGCAUGUUCGAGAGGUGCAUGUUCGAGAGGUGCAUGUUCGAGAGGCUGGCAUGUUCGAGAGGUGCAUGUUCGAGAGGUGCAUAGGUGCAUGUUCGAGGGUGCAUGUUCGAGAGGUGCAUGCUUCCAGAGGUGCAUGUUCGAGGGGAGAGGUGCAUGUUCGAGAGGUGCAUGUUCGAGAGGUGCAUGUUCGAGAGGUGCAUGUUCGAGAGGUGCAUGUUCGAGAGGUGCAUGUUCGAGAGGUGCAUGUUCGAGAGGUGCAUGUUCGAGAGGUGCCUGUUCGAGAGGUGCAUGUUCGAGAGGUGCAUGUUCGAGAGGUGCAUGUUCGAGAGGUGCAUGUUCGAGAGGUGCAGUUCGAGAGGUGCAUGUUCGAGAGGUGCAGUUCGAGAGGUGGCAUGUUCGAGAGGUGCAUGUUCGAGAGGUGCAUGUUCGAGAGGUGCAUGUUUCGAGAGGUGCAUGUUCGAGAGGUGCAUGUUCGAGAGGUGCAUGUUCGAGAGGUGCAUGUUCGAGAGGUGCAUGUUCGAGAGGUGCAUGUUCGAGAGGUGCAUGUUCGAGAGGUGCAUGUUCGAGAGGUGCAUGUUCGAGAGGUGCAUGUUCGAGAGGUGCAUGUUCGAGAGGUGCAUGUUCGAGAGGUGCAUGUUCGAGAGGUGCAUGUUCGAGAGGUGCAUGUUCGAGAGGUGCAUGUUCGAGAGGUGCAUGUUCGAGAGGUGCAUGUUCGAGAGGUGCAUGUUCGAGAGGUGCAUGUUCGAGAGGUGCAUGUUCGAGAGGUGCAUGUUCGAGAGGUGCAUGUUCGAGAGGUGCAUGUUCGAGAGGUGCAUGUUCGAGAGGUGCAUGUUCGAGAGGUGCAUGUUCGAGAGGUGCAUGUUCGAGAGGUGCAUGUUCGAGAGGUGCAUGUUCGAGAGGUGCAUGUUCGAGAGGUGCAUGUUCGAGAGGUGCAUGUUCGAGAGGUGCAUGUUCGAGAGGUGCAUGUUCGAGAGAGGUGCAUGUUCGAGAGGUGCAUGUUCGAGAGGUGCAUGUUCGAGAGGUGCAUGUUCGAGAGGUGCAUGUUCGAGAGGUGCAUGUUCGAGAGGUGCAUGUUCGAGAGGUGCAUGUUCGAGAGGUGCAUGUUCGAGAGGUGCAUGUUCGAGAGGUGCAUGUUCGAGAGGUGCAUGUUCGAGAGGUGCAUGUUCGAGAGGUGCAUGUUCGAGAGGUGCAUGUUCGAGAGGUGCAUGUUCGAGAGGUGCAUGUUCGAGAGGUGCAUGUUCGAGAGGUGCAUGUUCGAGAGGUGCAUGUUCGAGAGGUGCAUGUUCGAGAGGUGCAUGUUCGAGAGGUGCAUGUUCGAGAGGUGCAUGUUCGAGAGGUGCAUGUUCGAGAGGUGCAUGUUCGAGAGGUGCAUGUUCGAGAGGUGCAUGUUCGAGAGGUGCAUGUUCGAGAGGUGCAUGUUCGAGAGGUGCAUGUUCGAGAGGUGCAUGUUCGAGAGGUGCAUGUUCGAGAGGUGCAUGUUCGAGAGGUGCAUGUUCGAGAGGUGCAUGUUCGAGAGGUGCAUGUUCGAGAGGUGCAUGUUCGAGAGGUGCAUGUUCGAGAGGUGCAUGUUCGAGAGGUGCAUGUUCGAGAGGUGCAUGUUCGAGAGGUGCAUGUUCGAGAGGUGCAUGUUCGAGAGGUGCAUGUUCGAGAGGUGCAUGUUCGAGAGGUGCAUGUUCGAGAGGUGCAUGUUCGAGAGGUGCAUGUUCGAGAGGUGCAUGUUCGAGAGGUGCAUGUUCGAGAGGUGCAUGUUCGAGAGGUGCAUGUUCGAGAGGUGCAUGUUCGAGAGGUGCAUGUUCGAGAGGUGCAUGUUCGAGAGGUGCAUGUUCGAGAGGUGCAUGUUCGAGAGGUGCAUGUUCGAGAGGUGCAUGUUCGAGAGGUGCAUGUUCGAGAGAGGUUGCAUGUUCGAGAGGUGCAUGUUCGAGAGGUGCAUGUUCGAGAGGUGCAUGUUCGAGAGGUGCAUGUUCGAGAGGUGCAUGUUCGAGAGGUGCAUGUUCGAGAGGUGCAUGUUCGAGAGGUGCAUGUUCGAAGAGGUGCAUGUUCGAGAGGUGCAUGUUCGAGAGGUGCAUGUUCGAGAGGUGCAUGUUCGAGAGGUGCAUGUUCGAGAGGUGCAUGUUCGAGAGGUGCAUGUUCGAGAGGUGCAUGUUCGAGAGGUGCAUGUUCGAGAGGUGCAUGUUCGAGAGGUGCAUGUUCGAGAGGUGCAUGUUCGAGAGGUGCAUGUUCGAGAGGUGCAUGUUCGAGAGGGGGUGCAUGUUCGAGAGGUGCAUGUUCGAGAGGUGCAUGUUCGAGAGGUGCAUGUUCGAGAGGUGCAUGUUCGAGAGGUGCAUGUUCGAGAGGUGCAUGUAUUCGAGAGUUGCAUGUUCGAGAGGUGCAUGUUCGAGAGGUGCAUGUUCGAGAGGUGCAUGUUCGAGAGGUGCAUGUUCGAGAGGUGCAUGUUCGAGAGGUGCAUGUUCGAGAGGUGCAUGUUCGGAGAGGUGCAUGUUCGAGAGGUGCAUGUUCGAGAGGUGCAUGUUCGAGAGGUGCAUUGUUCGAGAGGUGCAUGUUCGAGAGGUGCAUGUUCGAGAGGUGCAUGUUCGAGAGGUGCAUGUUCGAGAGGGUGCAUGUUCGGAGAGGUGCAUGUUCGAGAGGUGCAUGUUCUAGAGGUGCAUUUUCGAGAGGUGCAUGUUCGAGAGGUGCAUGUUCGGAGAGGUGCAUGUUCGAGAGGUGCAUGUUCGAGAGGUGCAUGUUCGAGAGGUGCAUGUUCUGAGAGGUGCAUGUUCGAGAGGGCAUGUUCGAGAGGUGCAUGUUCGAGAGGUGCAUGUUCGAGAGGCUGCAUGUUCGAGAGGUGCAUGUUCGAGAGGUGCAUGUUCGAGAG